CAGUCUAUAGGCUUGAGGCCCUUGCUAUUCGGUCCGUUCCUCCCCUUCCCAAGCCUCCUUGCAAACGCUGACCCACCCAUUAGAUCCUUCUCGCGAACGCUUAGGUCGAGCUCAGGAAGGCAAGAAGCACUCCCAGCCGGCGGGAGCAGCGUGCCCGUCUCGAGCUCCCACCUUCCGUCCGGCAGUAAGCUCUCUCACGCAAUGUUGACGGUCGCGAGCACGCAGGGAAGGACCAGAGGCGGCAGCAGUGUUUAUAAACCGUCCUGCCCAACCCAGACCUUUACACUCCAUCAUCCAUCAACUUCAACAUUCACAAGCUCCAUCAUCCAUCAUCCAUCAGUUCUCCAUCGAUACAUUCCUCUAUUCAUCAUCCAGCCAUGAAGUUCGCCGUUGUGCUCGCACUUGGGGCUACGGCGGCCAUUGCAGCUCCAGCUGGCCCAGAGCCGCCCACCGAGCCGUCCCCUCGCGUUCAUCCGAUCUCCUCCACUUCCUAUUCUCCACGGGCCAUGCCCCUUUGCGGAUACAAGGACGUCAAGAACUCCAAUUAUCGGAAGGUCAAGGGCGCCCACUGCUGCUGUUUCAGAGGAAAUGUUACCUACCGGGAUGUGGAGAGUCUUCUAGGCCGCAGCAUUGAAGACAGUGCACUCGAACGCCGCGGUGUGAAGUCCCUCAAGGAUGUGACGCUAUCUGCAACAUCCGUCCCUUUCAUUGACUGGGUCAGCGUUCUCGUCCCUCUGGCAACACCAACGAGCUCCACGAAAAAGUCUACCUUCCACCGGACAUCGGCCAUCCAUACCUCAAGCUCUACUGGUUGGGCGAAGCCUGGUCUUUCUAUUUCGAGGCCUGGUUUCCACACCCUCAAGCCUAUAGCGCAUCCGUCGAAGACCGGAAAGCUGCCUUACUCGUAUCUUUUGAAGCCUGUCGUUGCUUCGUCGAGCACUCGCGUGCAUCAGUCAAAGCCUACCAAGUCUGCUGGAAGUUCGUCGAAGUCCGUCGUCUCUUUCUCGAAGCCUGCCGUCUCUUUCUCGAAGCCUGCCGUCUCUUUCUCAAAGCCUGCCGUCUCCUUCUCAAAGCCAGCCGUCAAUCCGUCCAAGCCGACCAACUGGCCAGAGAAGCCUGUCACCUACCCCGGCAACUCCACUAAACCUCACGACGUCGCUUCCCACCCCUAUGACGUGGACGUUGACAUUGAUUUUGAAGCCGUUGAGAUUCACGAGAAAAUCCACUACCACGACGGUACAGACCCAGAUCACGAAGAUUACUACUACUACGCCGCUACCACACUCCACCCGUCACUCAACUGGUCGUCUCCGUUCUACCAUCCAAAGUCUUCGGGCACGUUCAAGUCGGGCAAGGGCAAAAUCGUUUCAGUCACGCCCACUCUGAGCCGCACUACGUCCCUGCCCAAUUCGGUGAAGUAUAGCACGCACUCCUCAACCUCAACGUUGUGGAAGUGGUAUUCCAAGAGUGUGAAGAGCGUUUCGACCUCGACUUCGACCUCAUCCGUCCACGCCACCUUCAAACCCACUCACCCCACGACUCACCCCACGUCGUCCACGUCGUCCACGUCGUCCACCCCAACGCCUUCCCCCUCCAAGUCGCCUUACUCGCACUUCAGCGACGGCAAGACCGAACUCGACCAUGUCUGGUUCGGCCUCGCACACGACAACGCUAGCGAGGUAUUCGGCGAUCAUCUGACUACGGCCGAGUAUAAGUGCAUUUGCGCUGAGGAGGGCAAGUUGGAAUUCUUCUUCGGCUACGGCGACUCGCCCAUCGAGGACAAGUGAAUGUGCAUGAGCUGAGCAGGAUGACACCGGUUUGAGUGGAUGCGGUCCUGUGUUCUUUUCUUUUCGCUUCGCUUUGGUUUUCUUUUCGUUUUGUACGCGUACACAUCUUACUGUUGCUUUCAAUCCAGUCGUGUCCCUGCCUCUGUACUGUAGUAGUCCGUAGCCGUGCUCCAUGAAUGUUUAGCACCCCUUUCCCCCACUAUGCUUCUUGCGACCUGGACUGUAGUUUCGUGAAGUGAAGUCAAUAUCUUGUUCUCAUCUUCGACUGUACCGCACUAGACGGGUACAGUACUACUCAAGUGCUCCUUUGAAGCUAGACACCACCACUGCUAGCCCCCAUUGUCUGGCCGUCAACCGGUCUCAAGAGGCAACUCUGACUACACUGCGUAAAACUCGACAUCGCGCCCCAUCUCUCCAACAAAACCGUG